AUGACAAAGCUCAUGACUGAAAUGCUUCUUCAUUAUUGUUCUCUAUAUCAAAAUGCAUGCAAAGAUCCGCCAUGUGGAAAAUCCCUUUCAUUUGACGACUCACUCAGCGGAAAGUCAAAGGAGAAAUAUGAAAAGAACAAGAAGAAAAGUAAAGGUUCAAAAUCUCGCUUUUCAGUUCUUCAGAUAUACCUGAGAUGGGCUUGCCUCAAGGUUAUGAAACUCAAAUAUGAAUCGCAAAAACAACAACGUUCAAUUUAA